UUACUUUCCUGCUACUCGAGUCAGGUAUCAAGUCACUGUCGAGACACGGCAUCAGUUCGGGAUUAAGCGUUGAAUUUUCUCUUCUGGCUUUCAUGUAAGCCCCUAAGAUUUAAGAAAUUACUCGAUCGUGCAGGUGCGCUGUGAACGAAGGCGAAGGUUAAGAAAAUCCGGAAGAGGAACAGAGGAGAAACGGAGAAGCGAAGGAGAGGUCUGGAAAGAAGUGCAAGAGAGAAAUGCGAACACUCGCCACCUUCCUAGUAACAAGUGAAGAACUAUAAAACGAUCUUAAAACCUGUGAGAACCACGAGAAGAGAAAGAGAGAAAGAGAGAGAGAGAGAGAGCAGAGGGGGUAGCAGCAGCAUCCAGCCCAGCAGGCCUGCCAGUCGUCAGGGUCCCAUUCGUUGCCACACUGAGCCAUCGAGAGUACCCUGCGCCCACGGCCCAACACCGCCACAGCCUCAGCUACGCCUUGUAUGAUUGCGGAGACUCCCAUCCGCCCCUUAGCCUGCCCUGCCUCCCUCCUCGCCCCGCGGCUGCACACCACAAGGCACCUGUUCUGGCCUUCGGGAGUCCUUGGACACGGAGACAUGGCAUCCAUCCCACAAACGUUGCAGCUGACUAAGGCUGCACAGAAGCAACAACGUAGUGGAGGGGGAAAUUCUGCUUCCAUCGGCUCCUACUGUGGUAUGGCAGAGACGGACCAGCCAGCUCGGUACAAUAGCAAGCUGAUGAACAGCAUCUGGGGACGCUACAAUGAACACUCCGUGCACAACUUCAAGUCCCUGCAGUGCGGUGUGAUGGCUGCAGCUGGUGCUCAGAAUGCCCAGGAAGUUGGGCAGGCAAUGAUGCAGCCCCCUUCACCCUCUCUCAGCUCUAGUGCUAUGAAGAGGCGCCUGAGGGAGCUUGGAGAGGCUGUGUCUACCAACUUCAUGGACAACCUGAACCAGUACUGAAUGCCUGGAGAUGUCCACACCCUGAGACCAUCUACCACCACCACCUCACAUGAUUAGUGACUAAAUUCACACUUUGAAGAGUGACAUGAGUUGGAAACCAACCCAUUAGGAUUUCCAUUACCAAUGGCUGUGCAGAUGAUAAAUUGUCAUUCUUGUGAUUAAGAUAAAUUUCCUGAAAGAUGAUGAAGCAAAAGAUGUGAAUCUAAUAUGAUAAAAGUGCAAGUCAGCAUUUCUCAUAAGCUUCAUUGUCAUGCACUGAGGAAAGAUAAAGUUGUGGUCUUCAAAGUAUUUCCAUGUAUAUACCGGUAAAUCAUGUCUAUUGGCAACUAUUGUGAAUGCAAAAUUUUAUUGUGGUCUUCACAGUUGGAUCAAGCUUGAAGGCUGACCCUCACCACACACUUCUGCCUUCUGUUCACUUGUCAGAACAGCAGCACUUCUAAACACACACACACACACAGGAGGAGAGGAGUGGCAGUGAGGGUUGGCCACAUGAAGGCUGUAAGACCACAAGCAGGGUGUUAAGUGGGCGUCUGUUUGAAUGAUCAGAGAUGGUUUAGGGAAUCUGAACAUUAUGAAAGUAAGUCAGUCUUGCUGGAAGGAUGAUUGCCCAACAAACCGUAUCUGAUUGAAAAUAUGAUCCUCUAUUUGAAACUGGAUAUUCAGAUUCACUGUAUCUUGUUAUAAUCAAUGCAAGGUGUCACACAUACACAAUGUGACAUGUUAUUUGUAAGAAUGGUGGUUGCUGACUCUCGUAUCCAAAUACAUAUGUAAUUAGG